GGAGGAGGUGGAGGUGGAGGUGGAGGUGGUCCUCCUGGGAGAACCCAGAGGGAGAGCCGACGCCUUGCCAUCGAGGAUCUGUUGCGGAAGGGGUAGCUAUGGGGGACAGCGGCAAACUUAGCUGGUUUAACCGAUUUAAUCCUGGACGUCUGAAGUCGGGUAAUAGCAAAGAUAAGGAUGAGUCGAUCGGCAGCGGCGACCGGUCGUCAGGAGGCGAGCCACCAGCAGAAGUUGAUAUCACUUCGACGAUGACACGUCAGCGCGUGGCGGCGGCCAAGACCUAUAUUGAGAACCAUUACAAAACCCACAUGAAGAACAUUCAGGAACGCAGGGAUAGGCGAUCGAGUCUAGAGAAGAAGCUGCAGGAGCAGCAUGUCCCGGAAGAAGAACAAUUUCAGAUGCUGAAGGAUUUGGAGCGGAAAGAGACCGAGUACAUGAGACUACAGCGGCACAAGAUCAGCGUGACGGAUUUCGAGCUGCUGACGGUGAUAGGUAGAGGCGCGUUUGGUGAGGUGAGGCUGUGCAGGGAACGAUCGACAGGAAAUGUGUACGCGAUGAAGAAGCUAAGGAAGGCAGAGAUGUUGAGGAGAGGACAGGUAGAGCAUGUGAAAGCGGAGCGCAAUUUGCUAGCAGAGGUAGAUAGUAGUUGUAUAGUCAAGUUAUACUGCUCGUUUCAAGAUGAUGAGUUCCUGUACUUGAUCAUGGAGUACCUGCCGGGGGGCGACAUGAUGACGCUGUUGAUGCGGAAGGACACGCUCUCUGAAGACGAGAGUCGGUUUUACAUUGGCCAAUGCGUGCUUGCGAUCGAAUCUAUCCACAAACACAGCUAUAUUCAUCGUGACAUCAAGCCAGAUAAUCUUUUGCUCGAUCGGAAUGGUCACAUGAAGCUGUCGGAUUUCGGCCUUUGUAAGCCGCUCGACUGUAGCUCGUUGCCUACCCUUCAUGAAAACGAGCUGCGGAAUGGAGAUAGAACGGGGGAGAGUAGCCCGAUGAUAAUGGAAGGGCAGGGAUCGUCGGGCGCGCGAAGACAGCGGAGUCAGGCGGAGCAGCUGCAGCAUUGGCAGCGCAGUCGCCGCCUUCUUGCCUAUUCCACAGUUGGGACGCCAGAUUACAUAGCACCUGAGGUGCUCUUGAAAAAAGGCUACGGCAUGGAGUGCGAUUGGUGGUCGCUAGGAGCCGUCAUGUACGAGAUGCUCGUCGGUUUCCCGCCGUUCUACGCUGACGAUCCGAUGACUACUUCCCAUCUGCUUGUCGAGAUGGGGGUGGUUGGGGGGGUAUAAUUGUGCACUGUUCCUGGGGGGUCUUGAGAUCGUUCUUGGGCGGAAGGGAGAUAGCAUAGUGACGGCAACAUUGUGCA